UACGCGACGACGUUUACGCGGCGCUCUCUCCGUCUGCAAUCCCUCAAUCCAUCAUGGCGGUGCCCCGAGCGAUGCGCGGGCUUGCCGUGCUUGCGACUUUCCUACUCAUCUUCGUUUUCUACGAGCUGUUCCGGUCGCCUGCGACCAUAGCUGUGCCCGAAUCUAAGGUCGACAAUUGGGACAAGGACCCGCAGACUGACCCCUCAGGUGAACCGGCAGAGCCGCUGCGUCGUGUCGAGGGCAACAACUAUGCGCCCGAUAACCCCAACUCCGAUCGCAUCAAUGCCACCAUCAUAAGCCUGGUCCGAAACGAGGAGAUUGAGGAGCUGCUGCAGUCAAUGCGGGAUCUGGAGCGCACCUGGAACAGCAAGUUCAACUACCCAUGGACCUUCUUCAAUGAUGUGCCUUUUACCGAUGAAUUCAAGCGGAAGACGCGGGCGGCCACGAAAGCGGAGGUGCGAUACGAGCUCGUACCCAAAGAGCACUGGGACGUGCCGUCAUGGAUCAACAUGGACCUGUAUGAGGAAUCAGUCCACGUCCUGGAGGAGCAAGACGUCCAGUAUGCGAACAAGCUCUCCUAUCACAAGAUGUGUCGUUGGAACAGCGGCAUGUUCUACAAGCACCCGGCGCUGGAAAAGUACCGCUACUACUGGCGUGUCGAGCCGCACGUCCACUUCUUCUGCGACAUCGACUACGACGUAUUCCGGUGGAUGGAGGACCACAACAAGACGUACGGCUUUACGAUCAAUCUGUACGAUUCGCCGCAGAGCGUGACAUCGCUGUGGCCCGAGACGCUCAAGUUCAUCGCGAGCGACGAGCACUCGAGCUACCUGCACAAGAACAACGCCAUGGACUGGUUGACCGACAGCAAGCGUCGCCAGCAGCACAACCUGCUCGCCAAUGGCUACUCCACCUGCCACUUCUGGUCCAACUUUGAGAUUGGUGACAUGAACUUCUGGCGCUCAAAGGAGUACGAGGAUUACUUCCAGCACCUUGACCGGGCUGGCGGCUUCUUCUACGAACGCUGGGGCGAUGCUCCCGUUCACUCCAUCGCGCUCGGUCUCUUUGAAGACAAGAGCAAGAUUCAUUGGUUCCGCGACAUCGGUUACCAGCACAUCCCUUUCUUCAACUGCCCCACGUCGCCCAAAUGCAAGGGCUGCACGGCCGGCAAGUUCACCGACGGCGAGGCCUGGCUCAACAAGGAAGACUGCCGGCCGAACUGGUUCAAGUUUGUCGGCAUGGAAUAGGCCGCUCAUUUUCGAGUCAUUCGCUUUCAAGCCAUUCCUCCACGGACCAGUCAUUACGGGCCGUCUCAUUUCUGGACUCUUGUCCACAAUUAAAUUGAAAGUUAAUACAUAUACCGCGUGAUAGAUCUGGGUGGGCUGGCGUUCCUGGGCAGAGAUGAUUCGAC